GUUGAAACUAAAACAAGUGCAACCCUGAUAACCGAUCAUAUGCGUCGUCGUCGAACUCUGAUAUGCAUCAGACGCUGGGCGCAGUACGCCUCGCAUACCGCUCUCGCAUCGCCCACCUCGUGAAAUCAGGUAUGAUAGACAACGCGGUCCAGGUGUUCGACGAAAUGCGUCGCUCAACUUACCGCGUCUUCUCCGUCGACUACAACCGUUUCAUCGGUGUUCUGGUCAAAGACUCGAGAUUCGACCUUGCCGAGGCGAUAUACAGGGAUAUGACACCAAUGGGCUUCUCCCUCAUCCCUUUCACUUACUCGAGGUUUAUCUCGGGUUUAUGUAAAGUUAGAAACUUUGACCUCAUUGAAGCUCUUCUGAGGGAUAUGGAAGGGCUUGGAUACGUACCGGAUAUUUGGGCGUUUAAUAUUUACUUGGAUCUGUUGUGUCGUGAGAGGAAAGUUGGUUUUGCUGUUCAGACGUUUUUGUGUAUGGUUAGGAGAGGUAGGGAGCCUGAUGUUGUAACUUAUACUAUACUUAUUAAUGGGUUGUUUAGAGUUGGUAAGGUUAAUGACGCUGUUGAGAUUUGGAAGGAGAUGAUUCGUGGUGGGGUUAGGCCGGAUAAUAGAGCUUGUGCAGCGCUUGUUGUUGGGUUAUGUCAUGCUCGGAGAGUUGAUUUGGCGUAUGAGAUGGUGGCUGAUGAGAUCAAGAGUGGAAGAGUUGGGUUUAGUACUGUGGUUUAUAACGCGUUGAUUAGUGGGUUUUGUAGAGCGGGUAGGAUAGAGAAGGCGGAGGCGUUGAAGUCUUUUAUGAGUAAGAGUGGGUGUGAGCCGGAUGUUGUAACGUACAAUGUGUUGUUGAAUUUUUAUUAUGAUAACAACAUGUUGAGGAAAGCGGAAGGGGUGAUGGCCGAGAUGGUGAGGAGUGGGAUACAGCCUGAUGCUUAUAGUUAUAACCAGUUGUUGAAGCGGCAUUGCAGGGUUAGCCAUCCUGAUAAAUGCUAUUCCUUCAUGGCUAAAGAGAUGGAGCCUAGAGGAUUAUGUGAUGUUGUCUCCUACAGUACUCUGAUUGAGACGUUCUGCAGGGCGUCGAACACUAGGAAGGCUUACAAGAUCUUUGAGGAGAUGAGAGAGAAGGGGGUAGUAAUGAAUGUGGUCACGUACACGAGUCUUAUCAAGGCUUUUCUUAGGGAAGGUAACUCUAGUGUUGCGAAGAAGCUCCUCGAUGAGAUGACAGAGUUAGGUCUGUCACCAGAUCGCAUAUUUUACACAACGAUUCUGGAGCAUUUGUGUAAAUCCGGGAAUCUCGACAAGGCUUAUGGUGUUUUCAGUGACAUGAUCGAGCACGGAAUCACACCCGAUGUGAUUUCUUAUAACGCUCUGAUAAGUGGCCUCUGCAAGUCUUGUAGAGUGACUGAAGCGAUGAAAUUGUUUGAAGACAUGCAGAGUAAAGAGUGUUGUCCUGAUGAAUUAACUUUCAAGUUCAUUAUUGGAGGACUCAUAAGGGAAAAUAAAUUAUCCGCAGCCUACAAGAUCUGGGAUCAGAUGAUGGAUAAAGGAUUUACCCUUGAUAGAGAUGUGUCUGAUACACUCAUAAAGGCUAGCUGUUCAGUGAGUGCUGAUGCUUAAGGCAUAAUAAGGGUGUAAGCCUUUAACAUUGUCAAACUUGCCUUCUUCUGAGCAAAAAUGCCAUCGUAGUCAAAGUGUGGUGGCAUGGAGAUGCUGAUACAGAACCAUGUAAGCCUCUACUGAUACCUCCUGCUGCUUGAGAGAAACAAAUGACGUAUCAGGUUUGAGCUAAUUUCAUUCCUUUUCUACACAAGUGAAUCCGUGGAUGAUUUUGCAUAGACCAACUCAGGAUCUUAAAUACUCAGGAUCAUCAUUUAUGGUCUCAGACUAUGGAACAAGUUAGCCAGCUCUCUAGCGUUGGAGACGAAACAGUUUCUCUUAACUCUGUUUACACCCGUUCCUCGGAAAUAUUACACUGAGGACUGAUCAUUUUGGACUGAGGAGUUACCUUUUUUUAUGUAUCGGCACAUCAAGCUUGUUGUUUCUUGGUUGAAGAAGCAUGAAAUACCUCCUUCAAUGAGCUUUCGAUCUAUUCUGCUUCGAGUAGCUGCAUCUUAAAGGCUGAAAGCCAAAAAGAACUAUGCCUCUUGUUAGCGCACAACGAGAAGGUUCAAACAUUCUUAAACACACAGAAAGGCGAGUAAUCUUUACCAUAACUUCUGUAAGCCUUUACCUCUUUCUCCAAGAACCUUGAACAUCUUUGUACUGUAACAAAAAAAGGAAAAGUGAAUCGAACCUUGUAUUUACAUCUCUU